AUGGCUGAGUUGGACGAUCAAAAGAUACGACGUUCUACUAGAGAUAUUAAACGGCCGAAAUUCGACGACGAAAUAGUAGAAAGUGUUUCUGCUAUUAAAGGCGUCUUUAAAAAGAAAUCUGACAGGCUUUCUCCUGAUCUACCUUUGGUAGGAGUUUGUUUUGCUAAUGUAAUUGUAAUUUUGUGUUUUUGGUGGUGACAUUGUUAUUCAAAUAAGAUUUUGAUUUUUCAGAUGAAGGAACUCGAAGAUAAAGCAUAUUUGAACGACCGAAAACGGAAGGAAAAGCUUCAGGUUGCAUCUAAAAUAAGGUAAUUUAAGAUUGAAAUUAACAUCUUGUUCUUUAGUGUUUUCAACAAUCAAAAGGUUGCAAGCAAGUCCAUGAACGACAUCGAGAAGCCAACGACUUCCUCAGCACAAAUUAACGAAAUACUGAAAAGAUGGGCCGUCCAGGACGAUAUUCUACUGAUGUCUUCAGUUACGCAUGUAAGAAUUUGAUUUAUUUUUAAUGUUUAGAGUGAUAUCUACUGCUUUUUACUAUCCCGCAGCACAUUAUUACCUAAAUUUUGUGAAAUUCUUUAAAAAAAGCUUUUUUAGUUAUGUGAUUUGAAUGCCGUAUAUUCAUCUACACCUUUCUCACGGAAUUACACGUUGGCUGAAGUGGAUGCAAGGUGGUAUGGUCUGCUGUACGAUGAAGCCAUAAACAAGGCUACAAUGGAGAGGAUAGAGAAGUUACCUUUUGAUCAAAUCAUGGCGAUCCAAGCAAAAGUCCCGUUCUCUGUGGAGGAAGAGGAGAUAUUGAUGACAUUGACACCAUUUAGGAUAACGACGCAUUACACUAUGUUUGAGAACCUACUAUGUCAACAUAGAGCCGUGUUUCAUUCGUGUAGAACCCCAGCUGUUUUGGAGGAACAUUGGAGGUAUAUGAAGCAUUAUAACUUGCUUUCAGAACAAAGCGUUCCGGUGUUUGAUGAAGAGUUGAUCAAGGUGAGAUAAUUGAGUUCAUUUUAUAAUAUUAUAGGUAUUUAACGAUGCCAAACUUCUUUUUGAAAAAAGUCAAUUUAAUUUUUUUAAAAUAAUUAACAUGUUUUAGUUGGAACGACAACCCGAGUCCAGCAGCAAUAACAAUGUUUCUCUGUCCAACAACGCCGAUCACAAACAUGUUGCUCAAGACGUGUUCAACAGUAUGGCUGACAUGGAAGAGUGGGAGAAGGUGAUAACGAAGGCAGUGACUGGAGUAUCAAAUGUACUGCAAUUUGACAAAGAUACAUUGGCAGUGCUGAAAGGUCGUUGUGUGUCAUUCGACAUCAGGAAAGACAGAGUUCUGAUUGGAAGAAGCACCCAGAAGCACAGAGUCGACGUUAACUUAGCCUUCGAAGGCCCGACUGCUCACAUCAGCCGUCGACAAGCUGUCCUCAAGAUUGACCACAAGGGCCGCGCGAUCAUCUACAACAUUGGGAAUGCCAGUAUGUACGUGGAUAAGGUGCCUCUGCUGAAGGGGAGCAAGAUGGAACUGGUCAACAACUCCAUGCUCGAGAUUGGUCUGUUACGAUUGUUGUUCUGUCGGAAUCAAGAUGCGUUCGAUACAACUAACUCUGUAAGUGCUGCUGUAGCACGAGCGUCGGUCUCUCAGAACCCGCCUGGCUUCGGCAGCCAGUAG